AUUUAGUCUGUGAUUUAUUAAGUAUUAUAAAGUUUAAAAAUAAUUAAUUUAGAAUCGUCUAUUUAAAAUUGUCUUUUCUUUUUAUUGUUGCCUUUAAUAGAAUAAACAAUGAUGCAGUUGACAUAAAUUACUUGAACUGUUGUGUUUUCGAAAAUUAUUUUAAUUUUGAAAUUAAUAACAAUAUGACAGAUAAAGUUGAUUUGAAGAAUUUAUUAGUGUGUGCUAACUGUAACAAGGAGUUUAAGUACGAAAGCCAAAGGAAACGGCACGAACAAAGUCACUCCUUUCCAUUUCAGUGCAAAGUUUGCAAGAAACUCUUUAGUUAUGUUUCAGCACUGCGUCGCCACGAGAAGCAACAUGAGAGAACCGGGAGUGUUCAAUGCCCCGAAUGUAAUCGGGAAUUUCUUGAUGAAACUUUGCUUAAAAGGCACAUGAAAUAUGCACAUAAAGAAACCUGUGUUUGUGCAGAAUGCAAUACAAUAUUCAACAGUCAGUUAGCACUACGUACUCACAUGAAAACACACAAGCCAGAGUCAGAACGAGAAUAUCGGUGUAAUGUUGAGGGGUGCAACAAAUCAUUCAACUUCUCCCAUCACUAUAAAAAUCAUAAGUUCACCCAUACGAAAACAAAACAACACUACUGUAAAACAUGUGGCAAAGGUUUCAUACAGUAUCACCAUAUGAAAACCCAUAUGAAGACCCAUGAACCUGAUGAGAAUAAGUUGCUUUGCACUGUGCCUAAUUGUACCAAGAAAUUUUCCAACGAAUAUGCAAGAAAACGCCAUCUUGCCACUCACAGUGAGUACCCACAUAAUUCUGAAAAUAAAGUGGAUAGUGGGAUAUCUUCUGAUUCGAGUGGCGGAAGUGAUGUUACGUAUGGGCAGAAAGUUUCAGAUAUACGAAAUAAAAAUGAAACUGAAGAGUCUAGAGCAACUACAAGUAAAGAUAGUAAUGUUCCAUUAAAUUUAAUAAAUUCAUCAUUAAAAGAAACAAUUGAUUCAAGUACAUUUAAAAAUUAUGAAAAAAACUGUGUAAAUAAGUUCGAUAGUUCUACCGUUAGAAACUGUAAAUCAGUAUUAGGUCGAUGCAUUAUGGAUGAUGACACCGAUACAAAAAGUUGUUUGUGUACCGAAAUAUCUUCUCCUGUUGACGAAUAUUACAAUUUGAUACCAGAUGGAAAUAGUUGUGAAUCAGUGAAGUCGCAUACAAAAGAAAAAUUACAAGAAGCAAAUGAAGAUGUUUUCGGUAGUGAUGUAAAUACAAAAACUACAAAUAAAUUCUGUGAAGGUUGUGACUGUGGUGCAGGUCCUUUGGAUAUGACUAAUGUAGGAGAUACAAACUGUGUUAACAUUGAUAAUUAUAGUGUGAAACAGGGAAAAGAACAUGGAUUUGGUUGGUUAAGGACAGAGCAAACAUUUGAUACGGAGACAACAGAAAAUACUAUUGUAGAACAAAAUGAAAAUGUUUUUGUGCCAUUCAACAGCUGUAAGAGUGUUCUAGGUAAAUGUAUAGUCAGUGGAAAUGGUACUAUAGGUGAUGGAUGUCUUUGUGCGAAAAUGGCUUUGGAUGAUCAAUCAACGACUGCAGAGGAAAUUGAUGAAAUCACCCCACAGCCAAAUAAUUAUUGACUAAUAUGAAUCAAUGUCUGUGAUAUUUAUGUAUAAUAUAUGGAUCAUAUCAAUUAAAAAGGUAGGAUAAUUAAAGAAUGUCAUAUUAAAUACUAUUUAAAAGUUGUAGUAAUAGAUUAUAAGGAUGAAAGUAUCUAUAUGCUUUCAGCUAUACAUAUCCAAAGAUAGAAUAUCCAAAUAAAUUAAAAUUGUUAAAUUAUUUAAGUUAUUGUUGUUGAAAUAAAAUAUUAAAUUUUAUAAUUAUUAUACUUUUAUAUUUAUUUACAAAGUAAUUCUUUACAAUUUCAACCAUUUAUACAAAAUAUAUCUUAGUUAACAAAUACUACAUAAUAUUAUUUUACAAUCAGACCUCACUUAUGCAUAUCACUAAGUUAAGAUAUUUAAGUACGAUUGGAAUGUAGUUAUUAUUUGCGAGUUUAUCACAAUACGGCAUGGCAGAAAAUAUUUUCAUUAUUCACGAGAAAAUAUAAAUUUUAUGUAAUACAUUAUAACAUAAAUUGAAUUCUCCAAUCAGGAAUAAAUUUUGUUAAAAUAAUUAUUAUAAUACAUUUAGCUAUGGUAACAAUUUAUAAUAGGAUAUUUUGGAGUGCAUAUAUCUUUCUGUAUGCAGUAUUAACAUUCGGAAAUAUCUAAUACUAUUUUGUGUACCUACAUAGGUAUUAUGUGAAGCAAUAAAUAAAUCUAAAACCUCGA